CCCCCUUUCUUUUUUUUCUUUGUUUUUUUCUGUCGAUAUCGCUUUGCUUUAAAAAUAGCUACCUACUGUUUCAUCCGCCGCUUUGCUGUUCGUUGGGGAUCGUAGCAGUGCAACAGACAGCUACCUGUUUCAACCCUUGGCCAGUGCAAAGCCCCUUUUGCGCUUCGCGAGUUCGGCGGUUGACGCGGCUGAGUCAUUAACAACGCCAAAUCCGAUUUCCACACCCCCGCUUGUUGAGCCGUCGCCGCCCCAGUGCCCCCCCCCUAGCCCCAGUCUCAUCAUCAGUCCCAAAUCACAGCAACACAUGCAGGAGCACUCGACAACCGUGACUGGAGACGCCUCUGCGCCCCACAAUGUCGGUGGCAGUCCAGAUGCCGGCAAGCCCGCGCCAUCUCAAUCGAUCGAAAUGCAAGACAUGUCAAAAUUGCUUCCUCCCAGCUUGCCCGAAGCCACAGUCCAUGCGCGCGACCAGCGCCAGCAGCCGCCGCAUGUGACACUCAACACGAUGCCUACGCGUGAGACCGACGGCCACGCGGACGGCUUCCAUACCGGCGCCAGCCACGACGCAGAUGGCAACAACGCCAACCACGACGUCGAAUCCUCCUUCCAUUCCAGCAGCCUCAGCAAAACAUCCUCGGAAAUGUGUGGGCUGUGCAUGGGUCCGCGAUGUCGCCGCAUCCGCCGUCGAUUCCGUCGUGCGAAAGCGAGAACAGCGCAGUGGAUCCACAGCCAUACUCCUGCGUGGCUUUCGACGCUGGCGCGCUGGAUUGACAAGAUUGUCCUCGCCCCACUACCGUUUGCCUCCACGGUUCCCUCUGAGGUUGUGAGGAUACGCGCCGUGUCUCUCCUCCUGCUUGCCUACCUGCCGUACCUCAUCUAUGUCCUGUCCAUCUCUGAGCCAGAUACACUGGGUUACGGGCUUGCGAUCGGAUACUUGGCGCUUGCUUCGCUGGGCUAUUUCGCUGCUCGUUGCGGACCGCACGCGACCUCGGCUGGCUUUGUGAGUCUCGCCAUCUACAUCAUGUCUGUGGUUUUUGCUACGAUUCAGGGCAGCGUAGCAGCAGUCUCCAGUUACGCUGUGAUUGCCAUGUUGAUAUCUGCCGUCUCGUGUCCCGUCUGGUUUGUGGCCAGCAUUUACGUUUUUACGUUCUGCUUCCUCUUCCUGGAGAUGAUCUUUGAUUCUCGCGUGGUGCCGUUGGCCCUGCUCGGCUCGGUGUUCAUCAAUCUCCUCUUUGGCACCUCCAUCUUACUAGCUGCGUACGUGCAUCACUGGGACUUGAAUCAACUCGAGCAACAGCGGGCGACAUCGUCCAAGAACGAGAAAAAGUACCGCAACAUUUUUGACAACUCGCACGAAGCCAUCGUGAUGAUUGACAAGAACGACGAAAUCAUCGAAGCCAACCGCACCUUUUUUGAACUCUACAAAAUCCCUCGCGAUCAUCGGUGCGGAAGCCAAGUGACGGUGCACUUCCGCUUGGCCGAGCUGUUUGACAAGCAGUCGCGACGUGAGCUGCGGCGUGUUCUUGCAUCGACUGCUGGAACAUCCCAAACCCGCACUUGUGAGCUCGACUCGGUGGCCCUCGACGGACAGGCCUACCCCAUUCGCCUCGUGGCCAGUAGCCUGCGUACGGCCGAAGAUGACAUGUCCAUCAGCGAGCGGACUCUCGCAUCGUCCACGCCCGGGAUUGUACCUGCAGCAUCAACAGCACCUGAACCUCACGCGACACGGGAGAGUGCUGGAUUCCGCUUUUGGAGGCGGUGGACUCGAAAUGCUGCAGGUGCAUCUCCUGCGGCCACCCACGCUCAAGCUGUGAGAUCCGAACGAUCUGCUCAACCCCUCCUUCAAGGCCCGAAUCAAUCAACCAUCUCGCACGCACAGGCUGCGAACCCGUCGGCUCGAAGUGAAGGAUUCACGAGUCGCCUUCCUUCUGCGGACACCCACUGCGAGGUUGACAUGUUUGACAUUCACGACUAUACCGACGAGGAAGACGACGCUAAUCCAGUUUCACCAUUGUACCAAUACCAACCCCGCGGCACCCCUGUUCCUCCAGGGUGGUAUCGCAAACCAACACGCCUUGUCUCGAUUAUCAAUCUCACCGACCAGCGUCGAGUGAAUGCUGCAGAAAGCGAGGCAUUGAAGGAAAAGCAGGCCAACGAGGCCAAGAGCCGCUUUUUGGCGAACAUGAGCCACGAAGUUCGCACACCACUCAACUGCAUUCUCGGCAUGACCCAGAUCAUGAUGACCACCUCGCUCAACAACGAGCAGAGCGACUACUUGGACACGAUCAAGGUGUCGGCGCAAAUCCUGUUGACGGUCAUUAACGACAUUCUUGACUUUAGCAAGAUCGAGGCUGGCCAACUCAGCAUCGACGCCAUCCCGUUCAACUUUGUGCAAAUCACCGAGAACAUUGUCGAUCUCUUGUUCCCCAGCGCAGCCACCAAAAACCUACUGCUCUCGUGCUUCAUCGACCCUCAACUUCCUCGCGUUCUGGUCGGCGACCCAAACCGCUUCCAGCAAAUCUUGGUCAACCUCGUUUCGAACGGCAUCAAGUUUACCACCUCGGGCAGCGUCUCGUUGCGCUGCUUGCUCGACAGCGAAGUGGACGACGACCACUUGCUCGCGCGCUUUGAGGUUGUGGACACGGGCAUCGGCAUCGAGGCGGAUGCACUCGAUCGGCUGUUCCAACGCUUCUCUCAGGUCGAUAGCUCAAUCACUCGAAGCUACGGCGGCACGGGUCUUGGCUUGGUCAUUUGCAAGUCCCUGGUCACCUUGAUGGGCGGAACCAUCGGCGUGGACAGCACGCGCGGUGAGGGAAGCCGGUUUUGGUUUACCAUCAAGUUCCGAAAGCCCACCGAGACCGACACCGAUGCCAUUGCGACCAGCAGGGUGCGAGUCAAACCACCGCCCCAGUUUGCAAGCCAAGCGGUCGCUCCACAGGAACGGCAUUCAACGGAAAGAUCGGCUGUGCAGACAUCGGUCGAUUGGGCCGCAACUGCCGAGCCGUACAAGCCUGCAACCGAACAAACCAUCCCGUCGACUCUGGAACUUCAAAGCCACACAACAGCCUCCUGCAUGAGCCAUCUUCAAGCCGUGAUCGUCAGUCCUCGACCCAGCUUCACUGCUGCGUUGAAAGGCUUCCUCGAUGGCUGGAAUGUGACCUCGCAAGCGGCUCGAUCGUGGGCGGCGGCGCAGCAAGUGGUGCAGGCGAUUGCUCGCGAAACUGCUCCUGGCACACGCUCACACAUUGUCGCGUUGAUUGACCAUCCCUACGUGCUCGUCGAGCCGAAUGAACCGAUUUCGAGUCCGGACAGGGAAGUGGUGACCAACAUUGACUGGCAAGCUCUGCUGAUGCAGGGUGCACAGCCCAUCUUCUUCUUCCCGGAUAGGCGCGUCGAGACUCACGCGGUGGUGUUGACGCGAUGGCCCGCUUCACAUGUCAUGAUUGGCCCGAUUCGUCAGUCCUCCCUGUUUGCCGCCUUGAAGCAGCUUCGCUGCUCCACAUGCGGCAAGGAUGUGGUCAAUCUGAUGCACCCAGACCCUCCGCCCGGCCAGGCUUCGCUGCCUUCUCGCAACUCCGCCUAUUCCAGUGCUCUGACAGUCAUGGCGCUUCCAACUGGUCAACGCUUGCCCUCGGACAUGCACGAACACUUGGCCCCCGUCUCUCUCGACUACAGCAUUACCCCACCCAGCGGGGUUGUGGCGCCCGAGUUUCCUGCCCCGGCGGACGAUCCAUGGAAGGCAGUAGGUGAACGUAACGUGGACGAGCUCGAUGUACCGGUCGCUUCUGCCGCUGAUGUUGCUGCUGAACGGCCACCACCACAGCACGAAGCUGCUGGAGAGAAGAUCACCAACCUUCUCCCUUCCCCCGACCUUCGGCGAACCCGACUGCGCGCUGCCUCGGAGCAAUCGUUCGUGGGCACGCCCGCAAGCGGUCGUUCCCUCAAACUGUUAGUUGUGGAAGAUAACCUCAUCAACCAAAAGGUUGUGUGCACCAUGUUGCGCAAGGCAGGCUAUCGAUUUGAUGUUGCAGUCAACGGACAGGAAGCGGUGGACUUGGUUGUGGCGGCCUCUGCUCAUCUGGAAGGACUGGCUCAAGCGGGCGAACACGUACUCGAGUUGCUUGAUUCUGCCGAAACGCCCUCCUCAGCCCAGCACUGGUGUCCCUACGAUCUGAUUCUCAUGGAUUGCCAAAUGCCAGUGCUCGACGGGUACGAGGCUACGAUGGCGCUUCGCAAGCUUGAAACCAAGUACAGGACGAAGGGAGUGCGCCAACUUCCCAUUAUCGCCAUGACCGCCGAGGCGUUACCGCAAGACCGAGCUCGGUGCUUUGAGUGCGGAAUGACUGGAUACAUCAGCAAGCCCAUCAACUUUGCUCAGCUGUUGGAGCAACUCCGACAGUGUUCGUCUGAUUCUGGCUCCACUUCGUCCAGUUCCAGUGCGACCGGUUACCCUAGUCAUGUGGACGAUCCUCUAGCCAAUGUUGUCAAACCAUUGGACCCUGGAGUUGUGCAAUCCAAGGCAGGCAUCGAGCUGCUUCCUUCCAGUGACAUUCCCGCAAUGACCCGCCAGCAUCUCGUUGAAACUGAGAGCCGGCCGGACUGAAUGGUCUGCAAACUGCACUGUAGAUGAAUAAGUGAUUAGUGUUGUUGUCUGUUAGUUUUUGUGUUGUAUUGUACGUGCCAGCGGCGCGUUUUAGCUUGCGAUUUCCAGUUUUCAGGUUUUCAGAAAUAAUAAAAAAUAAGAAUCGAAA